GAAUACGUUCCGCUUCUCCAAACGAAAUGACAACAGAAAAUUUGGAACAAUUCAACGCCGAUGAGCUGGAGGCCCCAGAGUGGCUGAAUGCUGAUUUUAUAGGCGAAAUCCUGAGCACGUCUGAGGAAGCGCCAGAACUGAAGGUAACCGAUCUAAAAAUAUCCCCUGCGAGUGCCCAGGGAGAUCACUAUGCGAGUGUCAUGUUCCGCACCCAAGUGGAGUACACAACCCGUAAAGGCGUGUUUACCAAGCCACUGAUCAUCAAGACAAUGCCCGAACAAGAGGGCCACAAAAAGGACAUGCUGAGUGAAUCUCAUUUCUUCGAAACAGAGAUCGGAAUGUACAGCAAAGUCCUGCCGGAAUUCCAGAGGAUACUGAAGCAGGCGGGAGAUGACACAAGGCUAUAUGUGCCGUGCAUCUAUCACAGUCUUGAACCACACCAGGUUAUGAUCUUUGAGGAUCUAGUGCCGCAGGGAUACACCGUCAUACGGGAUCGUCCGGUGAGGGAGGAGGAACUCUGCAGAGCCUACUCGAAGCUGGCCAAAUGGCAAGCCGUCAGCAUGAAACUGCUCAAUGAGCAACCCGAUUUUCUGAAGGACUUCAAAUAUGGUUUUUUUGACACCGUAGGAAGCGAUCCUUUCAUAACAACGGCAAUGCCUCCCUUCAUUGAAAUGCUGGAGCGAUGGCCAGAGCUGAGAAAGUACAAGCCGCACUUUGAGAAAAUAAAAGAUACCUACUUGGACACGGUACAAACCGUUUUGCAAGAGUAUCGCACCAAUCCCCAAUCUGAUGGAUAUUACGUGCUAUGCCAUGGAGACUUCCAUCUGCGGAACAUGAUGUUCAGGCACAACAAGGAGACGGGCGACUCCGAAGACGUUAUGCUGGUGGACUUUCAAAUGUGUAAUAACUGCCCCAUAGCCGUGGACUUGAUAUACUCCAUCCACAUGCUGAUGGAGCCAGAGCAGCGUUGGAGCCAAGGCGAAAAGUUGAUCAACUAUUACUUCUCUGUGUUGGUCGAUACCCUGCAGAAAGUGGGAUACAAAGGUGAAAUGCCCACACUAGCGAAGCUCUGGCAGGAGAUCCAUAGACUGAAAUAUUAUGACUUGUUCAUGAUGUUUACUUUACUUCCAUUAAUCUUGGGCAUCAAAACGAAUUCUUUUAGCAUGAAUGAUCUGCUUCAAGAUGGAGCAACGCGUGAGAAGACCUACCAUCAGGAUGUGUACGUCAAGGAUAUCAAGAAUUUAUUGCCCAAAUACGAGAAAAUUGGCUACUUUAAGGAUCUAUAGGUAAUAUUUUUUUCAUGUUUUAAGGAAAGAAUAAAGUGAACAAUGAAAGCUGCAA